GGCGCGCACAUUAACUUCCGGUGAGCGAGUUUAUAAGCCAAAUGUUUCGUCUUGGGAGUUCGAUGUGAGCAUGUUGGCUUGAAUUUACGCAAAUAACUUCACCGGCGUCUUUCUGGGCUGUCAGAUGGAUGCCUUACACAGACACCGCUCACUUUAUAAAGGCACGACACCGCCAUGGAAAGAAACCUACCGCAAAGUGAGGCAUUAACUGUUAACAUGUCAGUUAGCUCGUUGGGCUGUCGGCUAACUCUUUCUCUCCUCUGUGACUUGUCUCUGUUUUAUAGCGAUGUGUGGACAGACUGAAAAACAGCCGCUCGAGGCUGCUGGACAGAUAUCGACAGAUGGGGGACUGUCAGCUGCGCAACGGCUCCGGGGCCUCCACUAUCGUCCGGGAUGUGAUGGAGGAGGAAUGGAGCGCGCUGCAUACAGAGGACCAGAGGCUGCCCUCACUGUGCUGGUCACACGGCCUUUCAGAGGCUAGUUUCUCCCUGUCCCUCUUGUCUCUUCAGUAUACUUAAACUAAAUCUCUCCCCUGUCUCUGUCAGAGUCCCUACUUUUACCUUUGUGUUCAAUCACUUACUUUCAUAACAGUUUGUUGAAAGCUUGCCACACAGUCUUAAAACCAGACUUUCUUCAUCUUCCUUAUUUUUCCAGACAUUGUGCAAAAUCUUAUAACACUCAAAAGCAACCGAAGUUUAACUUGAAUAACAUAGUGAUGGUAUUUGUGGGUACAGAGCCCUCAUGGGUUAUUGCCACAUGUUUCAAAUCCAUAAAUGAAUGUCAGAGUAUUGAAACUAACAGAGGUAUUUUUCUCCUCUCAUACACAGAUACGUGGUGACAGCCAAGAGGAUUAUGAACUGGCGAUACUCGAAGAAAUCCAACAGGAGCUCUUGGCUCAUGGUAACACAUUUUUGUUUGUAUUGAAUGUAGAAUGUAGAUAUUACAACACAUAUAAAGGUAGUGUAAAUGCCUGGCGUACCAUGUACCUGGAGGUAGGACUGGGCGAUUAUAUGAUUGGGAUUAAUGAUCGUGAUAAAUUUCAGUUUGAUCGGUGAUCAGCUGUGAGCUUUUUUACUUGUUCAAACAUAACGAAAAUGUGCAUCACAACAGCCAAUCAGAGUCGAGCUUUUCCUGCUCAUUUCUGUAAGUUGCUGGACAAGUAAACAGAGAAACCGAACGUGGAGCUGAGGGCAGUAAAAUAGAUGUCAGCAGUGACUUUGAGUCAUCCUCUGAAGAUGUUAUUGUUGAGAAGAAAAGUUAUUUAACGUCUUAUUUAGUAUUUAUCUACUUUUGUUGUUCUGUGGAGUUAAAAUGUUUUUUAUAUUUUUCUGUUCAACUUAUUCAGUUUACUUUGUUAUCUACUUUGUAUGUUAAUAAAAUGUUGAACUAAACUCUAGUUUUUUUAGUUUUAAGCACAGAUGCUUUAAAACUGUCAGUUUAAAAAAAAAAAUCGGGAUAUAAUCGAGAUCUGACGAUUUGACAAAAUAUAUCGUGAUCAUCUUUUUGGCCAAAUCGUCCAGGCCUACCUGGAGGUGACCAUAUCCAACAGUAGUAAAAAGUGUGUUUUCCUCAGCUGUGAAGAUUCAUGUCUUUUUUUUUUGUGCCUCAGAAAUGUCCAUCAUUGGAGAGUAUGAGAGGAACCUACAGUUUGAACAGCAGUAUUUAUCAUCUGUUGUGGAGGGGAUGGAUGAGAUGCAAAUGAUAUGUCCCAUAUGUUGCAUGUAAGUCAGAAACUACACUUCUACAACUGAAUGCUGACACAUGGAGUCUUGUUUUGUGUAAGGAACUUUUCUUUUAAGUCAAGUAAACAAGCUUCUUUUGUUUCUCAGGAGGAACUUAAACAUCAACUGCUAUUUUAUCUCCUGCCCCUGUGGACUGUACAUUAACACUAAGGUUUGUUUUUUAGAUUGUAACUCACAGUUAACUCUAGAUUACAUGGCACCAUUGUCUUACUUGCUUCCAUUGAUAUGAUUUUAUAGCUUUUUUUUUUUACAUUUUUCCAAACAAAUCCGAUAAAGUCUGCCAUGAUUUUCUAAAUGUCUUCAGAAUCAGAACAUAACUCCUGAGAUCCUGAGGCAUCUUCUGGAGUCUAGGGUGUCUGAGCACAUGGAAGAUUGUCUCAACAACCCUGUUUUUUCUGUGGCUCCCAACGCUGAUGACAGCUCCCCUAACCUGAUGAUAAGCUGCAAGGUACUGCACAGUCAUUACCAAGCUGUUUUUUUUUUCACAGUGGAUUCUGGAAGUUCAUACCUAGAAAUCUCAUAGGUCAUACUUGAGUGCUGUAUAUCAUUUUUUCAAAUGUAUAUGUAGGAUGCAAAAGUUCACAGCUGUUUUCUUUUCUUUCAGGUCUGUGACUACCUGUCCAUUGUCCUGUGAAAGAGAACACUGCUGUUAUGAAACAAGAGACUUAAGUUGCAAUAUGUUUGUGGAUUUUUAUUCUUUUUUUGUAAAUAAAGACUAUUUUAUAUAUUCAUUAUGGUAUUUAAACUGUCCUGUAUGCUUCUCUCUACUAAAAAAAGACCUAAUGAUUUUUUUUUGUAAAUCUACAUAUAAUUUUAGUAUUACUUAGUAACAUUUUAACAUUGCUUUUGCUGAUCAAAGAUAGGAAAAGUAAAAAUAUCAUCAAUAGAUUCUUACUGUGAUAAUCUAAUGGCAGAAUUAGCUGCAACUUCACUUUUGCUCAUCGAUUCUAACUGUGAUUUAAGCUCAGUUGAGAAACUUGCGAAGUCUAGUACAAAUUCUAUAAAAUAUGGGUCUUUUAUUAUCCAUGUGCAUAUUGUGGUCUGUACUUUUUUUUUUUUUUUGAGGAUUCUUUCAUGGAUGAUACAGGACUGUUUCUUUUGCAGCAGAAAAUUGGGCUCUUGAGACAAAGCACCCACAUAUUUAUGUUACAACUGUUGUGAGGAAAUGAGCAGCCAUACAUAUAAGUUUAAAAAUGCCAACAACAGUUACAACAAGGGGUAUUGAAAACCUUUAAGUGAGUUAACUAUUCAAAUGCCUUUAAAAAUGAUAAUCAGGAUGCCUUUUAUUAUAAAAUAUCAUGAAAUAUAUUUCUAUUAUAUAUUUAUACUGAGGGAGAGUUUGUUCUUCUGUUGUUGCUUCACAUGAACAUUUUUGUACACUGGAUGACUAUUUUCUAUGUGUGUAUUGUUUCAGAAGUGCCAUAAGCAAAUAAAUAAUAAUGGCAUGCAAAAA